CAUUUUCUCAUUUUCCUCCGAGAGUUAAAAUAAUAAGACCUCGGAAAAAAAAACAGAGAGAAAUACAAAGGGUAUAAUGGUCAAGUGUGCCCCUCCGCCCACAGCUCAGGCUGUCCGUCGUCCUCCCACUCCCCCACCCGAAAGCUUCACCCGGACGCUUGCCCCUCCGUCAUUAACCAUCCCAACCUUCAAGACCGGGACCUCCCUUUCCGUCCUCUCGCCGCUCCAUUCUUUUACGAAAACGCCCCUCACCCACCGGCGCCGGCGAUGCCCCGGCCGUCGCCGCCGUCGUAUUCGCGGCGCCUCCUCCAGGGCAGCAGCGACAGCAGCGGCCCCGCCAACCCCAACCGUAUCCCGGGCAUCCCGCCGGCCGACCCGCCCUCGGGCGUCAACUCCGAUGUCGUGGUCAUCCUCGCCGCCCUGCUCUGCGCGCUCAUAUGCGUCGUGGGCCUCGCCGCCGUCGCCCGCUGCGCCCGCUCCCGGCGCAACAGGGGCGCCGGGGCCGACGGGGGCGGCCCCUCGUCCCCCUCGAGCAUCCCGGGCGACGCCUCGGGGAACUUCGGCGGCGGCGGCGGGCACCACGGCACCGGCGGGAGCGCGACCACGACGACGACCACCACCAAGGGGCUGAAGAAGAAGGCGCUCAAGGCGCUGCCGAAGCUGGCGUACGCGGACGCGGUGGCGGCGGCCGCGGCGGCUCGGGGCGCGGCGCCGGCCGCGGAGGGGGAGGAGGAGGCGAAGGCGGAGGAGCUGCUGGCGGAGUGCGCCAUCUGCCUGGCGGAGUUCGGCGAGCGGGAGGAGGUGCGCGUGAUGCCGCAGUGCGGGCACGGGUUCCACGUAGCGUGCGUCGACACCUGGCUGCGCUCCAACUCCUCCUGCCCCUCCUGCCGCCGCCCCAUCGUGCUCGACGACCCGGCCCCACCGCCCAAGCGCUGCCGCAAGUGCGAGGCCGUCGUCCUGGAGGCCGUCCUCGCCUCCUCGUCGUCCUCCGCCGCCGCCGCCGGCGGCAGCGGCAGCGGCAGCGCCGGCCGGGGGCGCGGCGGCGGUGGGGGUGGGGGAUUCUUGCCAUAGCAUCAGCAUUCAGCAGUAGUUGGCCGGUUGAUUGCCUGACGGGCGGGCCCAUACUCGGUCCCGGUAGUUGAGCUGCCCCCAUCUCCCCGUGGCCCACAUGUCAGUAGCGGAGCGAAGAUCCCCUCCAAAAGCAAUGGAAAAAGAAAGGGAGAAGAAUAACUAGAAAUGUGAUUCUUUUUGUGCAACCUUUUGGAGUUCUCCAACUUGAGCUUUGCUUUGUGGGGGGCCUGGCAUCUGUUGGAAGCUUGCAAUCGCUGUAAACUGUAAAAACAUGUGAAUUGGGGGUAAAAAAAUAUGGAGUGUAUUUGUACUGUAUAGAGCUUGUAGAACACUACUAGAUAGGAUUAAAAGCAAGGGUAAUUCAUUUUCACAAGAUUAGCCGGUUGCCA